CUUUUCACCCGAGAGGCACACCGGUAACUCACAAACCUCGUAAACUGGUGGAACGAUGACUGGUGUUGGAACUGCCCGUUUCCUUGGAAAUAGCCUUCUUCGACGAUGUUUGUGUAAUGCAAGCCGUGGUGCAUCAUACUGCAGCGCAUCGGAAGCUAGCAUAUUCAGACCAGAACCAUGUCAGGCGUCAACUCUGAUGGACAUUGGUACCAGAAGAAUAUUUUCAGAGGAACAUGACAUUUUCCGACGCACAGUCAGGAAGUUUUUUCAGGAAGAGGUUGCUCCAUAUCAUAGUCAGUGGGAAAAAGAUGGUCAAGUCAGUCGAGAGGUGUGGGCGAAGGCCGGAGAAUGUGGCAUCCUGGGAAUUCAGACGCCGGCCGAGUUUGGCGGAAUUGGAGCAGACAUGUUGACUUCGGCCAUUACAUGGGAAGAACAAUCAUACGGACCGUUCUCUGGUUGUGGGUUUCCUCUUCAUUCUGACAUCGUCAUGCCGUACAUCACCAAUUACGGUAGCAAGGAGCAAGUGGCCAAAUUUAUCCCGAACAUGACAGCUGGGACCUGUAUUGGAGCGAUCGCCAUGACGGAGCCUGGAGCAGGAAGUGAUCUUCAAGGGGUGAGAACAAAUGCUAAGAAAGAUGGCUCUGACUAUAUCCUCAACGGCAGUAAGGUGUUCAUCACCAAUGGUUACAUGGCAGAUUGCGUCGUCGUCGUCGCGGUUACCAACACCUCCGCCAAGUCCGCGGCUCACGGGAUUAGUCUGUUUCUCGUCGAGGCUGGGAUGCCGGGAUUCAUCAAAGGGAAAAAACUGGAGAAGCUCGGACUCAAAGCUCAGGAUACAGCUGAGUUGUUUUUUGAGGAUGUUCGACUGCCUAAAGAUGCCCUGCUAGGGGAGGAGAACAAGGGUUUCUACUACCUGAUGCAGGAACUGCCCCAGGAGCGUCUCAUCAUCGCCGUCAUGGGCAUCGCCAACUGCGAGUGGAUGCUGGAGGAGACACGCAGCUACGUCAAACAGAGGAAGGCUUUCGGCCGCACUCUCUCCAACCUCCAGACAAUCCAGCACAAGUUGGCAGAAAUGAAGGCAGACAUUGCUGUCGGGCGAGCGUUUGUUGACCGGUGUCUUGAGUUACAUAACAGUAAAAAGCUGGACGCUUCCACAGCUUCCAUAGCCAAAAUGUGGGUGUCUGAGAUUCAACAGAAGAUUGCGUCGCAGUGCGUACAGCUGCACGGGGGGUGGGGCUACAUGUGGGAGUACCCCAUCGCCAAGGCGUUCGUCGACGCCCGUGUUCAACCGAUUUAUGGAGGCAGCAACGAAAUCAUGAAGGAACUCAUAGCGAGGCAGAUUAUUUCAGACAAGUGAUAAGGAUGUACUCGUUGAAAGAUUUUAUGUGCAGUUGUUUUGGAAGUGGCUUGUUCUUCUGGAGGGAAAUUUCAUAAUAAUUGUUGUGUAUCUGAGGUUUGGAACUAUAUUGUAUCGUUAUGUUUAAUUGUAAAAGUGUUUUAUGUUAAUUGAAUAAGGCUCACUUUCUUGUAAAUUGAUUUUGCUUGCACGUUUAUCGAUAUGCUUUUAAAGACAGUACCUUUUCAUAUAUAUGAUUCUGAAUAUGUUUCAUACAUGAUUCUGAAUGUUUGACAUUUAGACCAGUACAUUGUCGAUAUGUUUAAUUAUAAAAGUGUUUUAUGUUAAUUGAAUAGGCCAACUUUUUAGUAACGUGAUUUCGUGAGUGUUUUUGCUUGCACGUUUAUCUAGGAAUACAAUGUAUUUAAACACGGUACCUUUUUCAUAUACAUGAUUCUGUACAGGCAUUCAACGGGCUACAAAAUAGUUGCAUACGUUUUUCAGUGUCGUGACGUCAUAACGCAAAGUAUGGACAUGAAAAUGCAGAUGUAGGAAAGCACAUUUGUCUGCUAGGAAGCAUGGCUGAUAAAUCUCGUGCAGAACCACGUUACUGGAAAGCUGGCCAAAAUACAGAAGCCAAAUAAACUAAACAAUUGUGAAGUAAAUUCAGUAAGAUACUGAUUUGUAGAAUACUAUGUUGUGCCUAAGACGUAAUGGGUCGCAGGACCGAUUACACUCAACAGAUGAUGAUUUUCUUCCCAUACCAAACAGUAGACCAUCACAGGUGCAUUUUCCUGUCUUAAGGGAGAGUGCCAUUAAAAGAUUCCAAGCUGCAUUAAAGGGACACACCAAAACGUUACAAACCAAGUCUUACGAUAUCUGGAGAGGGGAUACAACCAGGACAGAACAGUUGGAACAUGUCCAGGAGAGGUGAAACGAACGUACCCCAAGUCUGUGA